AGAAAAAAAAUCGAAUAUUUUGUUAAAUAAUCGUAUGCUUAUCGAUUAAUCGAAUAUAAUCGAACAUCACUAAUCCAGACUACGAAAUGUUGGCUCGGUCGACCGGUGUAUCUUCAUGAUGCUAACCUAAUCCCCCGAAAGAUAAAUUUUGGCUUUGAUGUUUUCAGUUUUUGUUGUAAAAUUAUUAUUUUUAUUAUGAAAUGCCAAAACGAAUAAGUGAUUAUAUUAUAUUUUUAAUCAAGAUCGUGCUUUUUGUAACAGUAAACAAUUAUAAGUAACGAAAUAUGUCUGAUGUUCGAGACAUUUUAGAUAUUGAAGUGCCAGUUGUUAAUGAAGUAACUAAAGAAUCUAUUAUUAGUGGUGAUAAAAAAAUUAAAAGAAAAUAUGAUUACAAAGUACCGAAACGUCCUGAGGGAAUGCAUCGAGAAGUAUUUGCUUUGCUUUGCAAAGAUAAUAAUGACGUUCCACCUCUUUUCCCAACAGAUACCGGGAAAGGUUAUAAACAAUUAAAAGCUAAGCUAGGUUUAAAAAAAGUUCGACCCUGGAAGUGGACUCCAUUUACAAAUCCAGCUCGUACUGAUCAAGCAAUCUUCCACCAUUGGAGACGUAUAUCUGAUUCUGGGAAUGAAUAUGCUUUUGCUAGAUUUAAUAAAAAAGUUCCAAUCCCAGUGUAUACAAAUACUGAGUAUGUACAACAUCUUGUUACAAAUGGAUGGACAAGAGCUGAAACAGAUCAUUUAUUUGAUUUGUGUCGUCGAUUUGAUUUAAGAUUUGUUGUUGUACAUGACAGAUGGGAUCACAAGAAAUAUUCGUCAAAAACAGUUGAAGACUUGAAAAAUAGGUACUAUCAAGUUUGUGCUGCAUUAAACAAAGCUAAGAAUCAAUAUGAAAAAGUAUAUACUUUUGAUUUUGAGCAUGAGCGCAGAAGAAAAGAGCAACUUAAAAAAUUAUUUGAUCGAACUUGUGAACAAAUUGAAGAAGAACAAGUUCUCAUAGCAGAAUUAAGAAAAAUAGAGCAACGUAAAAAAGAACGAGAUCGCAAAACACAAGAUUUACAAAAAUUAAUUACUGCAGCUGAUAAUCAAGCUGACCUUCGAAAAAAUGAUAGAAAGGCAACAAAAAAAAGUGGUAGUUCUACUAAACACAAACUAAAUAAGUCAGAUUCAUCCAAUAUUGUGAAACUUCAAGCAUGUGAGCCAACAGGAAUAAAAUUUCCAGAUAUAAAAAGCAGUGGUGUAUCUCUUCGUUCUCAGCGAAUUAAAUUACCUAGUAGUUUAGGACAGAAGAAAUUGAAAGGCAUUGAACAGACAUUAAUUGAAAUGAAACUAGAUUUAAAUCCUCCUCCAACUGAAAACAUAAGCCAACAAUUUAACGAACUCCGUAGUGACAUUGUUUUACAUUACGAACUGAAAGGAGCAUUAAAUAGUUGCGAUUAUGAAUUGCAAUCUUUGAGGCAUCAAUAUGAAGCACUUGCUCCAGGAAAGACUCUAGUCAUACCUCCAUCUCUGCAGCCAAAGUCUGAGCAAGAAGCUAAAACCGAUGAAAUUGACGCCAGAAAUUCGUCCAUUGUGUUACAUAUAUUAUAAUUUUUGUGUAGAAAAAUCAUAAAUUAUAUUUACUUAAUAAAGAAAACAAAUAGUUCAUUUGACAGACUUAAAUGUAUGCCGAAAAUCCUAUAUUAAUAAAGUAUACGA